CCUCCAAUGGAGCUGGGCAGCCGGUGUGUGUGACAUCCAGCGGGUUUGAUCCUUCGCGCUGUCAGAAAGCAGCCACAACACUUUCAUGAAACCGGCCCGCCUGAUACAGUAGGCGCUACUUUGACUCCGGGUAGGCGACGACUUGCAUCCAAAGCUAAGGGCGACUUUUCCCCAGGCCAUGAGUCUUUGAGCAGGGAAGGGUUUUAUUUCACUUUAGCUGCAGUCGAGGCGGUUCAUUAACAACAUCCCCCGGGGCUUUGAUGCAGACUACACCGCGGGCGCUGCUUUGAGACAGACGAUGCUGUGGUGCGCGGUGUUAGCUGCCUGCUGGCUGUUGGUGGACGGCAGGUUGACCAGGCGCUCCCCCCGCUGCGAGCAGACGUGCGACCUGUCCCGCUGCCCGGAGCCACCCGCCGACUGCUGGGCCGGGCAGGUGCAGGACGCCUGCGGCUGUUGCCGGGUCUGCGCCGCCGGUGAGGGCGAUUCGUGCGGCGGCCGAGCGGACGCCAGCGGCUGCGGCGAGGAGCUCAAGUGCUCGGUGCCGCCGGCCGCCUACCCGGGCAAGAGGAGAAUCAAGGGCGUUUGCGUGUGUGCCAACCCCGAGCCGGUGUGCGGCAGCGACGGCAGCACCUACCGCAACGUCUGCCAGCUGAAGGCAGUGAGCCGCCGGGCUCAGAGCCUCAACCAGCCUCCCGUCAUCUUCAUCCAGAGGGGAGCCUGUGGUCUAGGUCAGAAUGAUCCUAACAGCCUGAGACACAAAUACAAUUUUAUUGCAGAUGUGGUGGAUAAAAUAGCCCCUGCUGUGGUUCAUAUUGAACUUUUUCGUAGGGCAGUUUAUUCCAACCGUGAAUUGUCUGUUGCAAGCGGUUCGGGGUUUAUUGUCUCAGAAGAUGGAUUGAUCGUAACAAAUGCACAUGUGGUCACCAAUAAGCAAAGAGUGAAAGUAGAACUGUGGAAUGGAGCCACAUACAAUGCCAAAAUAAAAGACAUAGAUGAGAAGGCAGAUCUUGCUUUAAUUAAAAUAGAAACUCCGGUAAAGCUCCCAGUGCUGCUGCUUGGUCGCUCCACAGACCUGAGGCCAGGAGAGUUUGUGGUCGCGAUUGGAAGUCCAUUUUCACUGCAAAACACGGUGACGACUGGAAUAGUGAGCACGACUCAGAGAGGAGGCAAGGAAUUGGGACUUCGAAACUCUGACAUCGAUUACAUUCAGACGGAUGCGAUUAUCAACUACGGAAACUCGGGUGGUCCAUUGGUGAAUCUGGAUGGUGAGGUGGUUGGCAUUAAUACUCUAAAAGUGACUGCAGGGAUAUCAUUUGCAAUCCCAUCGGACAAAAUUCGCCAGUUUCUAAUUGAAUCACAUGACCGACAAGUGAAAGGAAAAACUUCAACAAAAAAAAGAUAUCUUGGAGUUAGAAUGAUUUCACUUACCCCUGGCCUUGCCAAGGAACUGAAGGAGCGCCAGAGUGAUUUCCCAGAUGUUAAUUCUGGAGCCUAUAUCAUUGAGGUUCUUCCACGUACACCUGCAUUCAUCGGUGGCCUGGAGGACAAUGAUGUGAUUAUUAGCAUAAAUAAUCACUUGAUAACUUCUUCCAGUGAUGUCAGCGAAGCAAUUAAAAAGGAUCCAUCCUUGUCCAUUGUGGUCCGUCGUGGCAACAGAGAUGUGAUAAUAAAUGUUGUCACUGAAGAAAUUGAACCUUAGAUGGAGCUGGGUCUCCUGCCUUUAUGUAUAAAACAGCAACGAUUUUGUUUAUUUACUGGAUAAAGAUGGUCUCUAGUUAAUAGCUCAUAAUCUUGUUGGUAUUUCUACUGCAAAACAUCAUCAGGAGAUAUCUACAGCUUGAAUAUAAUUCUUUGAUGAUUACAAGCUGAUGUGAUCCUGAUGUUGUAAAGUUUAUUUUGUGUAUUUUCUUGAUGCAUCUUUCCAUAUUUUCUUUCUUGAUUUAUUGUAAUCUGCUUUACUUCAAAUGUCCGUAUAUGCAACUCAGCUGGAAAUUCCACUCCAGUAAUGUUGAGAUUACUGUUAUUGGCACUAAUUCUCUUACAGUUGUUUAAUUUUCACUGUAUUGGUAAAUCUUCAAUUUGAUGUUACACGCGUGGGCCUGGCAAAUGUAAUAUGUUGGUGAAGCCUUUUUCUUCUGCUGGAUAUCAGAAUGCAGAAGCCAAGCUUCUCACCGUUACGAAAAUAAAUGGAUUGCAUUAUUUCAAAGGACAAAAAGUGAUGCAGUAACUCAGCAGGUCAUGGAGCAUGUUUGGAGAAUGUGGAUAGGUGACGUUUUGGGUCAAGACCCUUCCUCUGACAAAAGAAGGGUCUUGACCUGAAACAUUAAUUCUCCAGCGAUGUUCUCCAGCGAUGCUGCCUGACCUGCUGAGUUACUCCGGCACUUUGUGUUCUUUUGUAUAAUAACCAGCAUCUGCAGUUCUUUGUUUUCUCCAUUUUGACUAUUAUUUACCUCCUCCAUCCCUACCUGUCCAUGUUUUCUGCAGCACAGACAUGCCACGAUGUUCACAUGUUGAGGAGCUAACCUACUCUGGAUGAUGAGAGUAAUUGUUGGCGAUUUUAUUCUGCUUGUAUAAUUAUUUUUCUGAUCAGCAGAUAUACUUUGCAAGCAUUCCAGUAUUAGUCAGCAAAGGCUACAUUUGGAGAGUGAAAAGGUAGAAAUUCUCCAUCCAAUGGGCCAGUGGGUAUUUUGUGUACACUCCACUCAUCUCUAAGUAAAGGAUUCAAGUGAAAUUUGGGAAAAAGAUCAGUUUUGAACUGCAGCAGUGAAUGUCGGUUGAUGCCUAGGGCUUUCUAGUUGUGGUUUAUAUGCCAUUAAAUAUUUUAAGCACA